AUGCUGAGCAAAUGGGGAACGGUCACAGACUGUGUGGUAGUGAGGGAUCCAAACACCAAGCGCUCCAGAGGCUUUGGGUUUGUCACAUAUGCCACUGUGGAGGAGGUGGAUGCAGCCAUGAAGGCAAAGCCACACAAGGUAGAUGGAAUAGUUGUGGAACCAAAGAGGGCCGUCUCAAGAGAAGAUUCUCAAAGACCUGGUGCCCACUUAACUGUGAAAAAGAUUUUUGUUGGUGGCGUUAAAGAAGACAUUGAAGAACAUCACCUAAGAGAUUAUUUUGAACAGUAUGAGAAAACUGAAGUGACUGAAAUCAUGACUGACCGAGGCAGCGGCAAAAAGAGAGGCUUUGCUUUCGUAACGUUUGAUGGCCAUGACUCAUUAAACAAGAUUGUCAUUCAGAAAUACCGCACUGUGAAUGGCCACAACUGUGAAGUAAGGAAAGCCCUACCUAAGCAACAGAGGGCUGGUGCUUCAUCCAGCCAAAGAGCUGGAAGUCGUUCUGGAAGCUUUGGUGGUGGUCUUGGAGGGGGCUUUGGUGGGAAUGACAGCUUUGGUCGUGGAGGAAACCUCAGUGGUCGAGAUGCCUUUGGUGGCAGCCACAGUGGCGGUGGGUGUGGUGGCAGUAGGGAUGGCUGUAACGGGUUUGGUAAUAGUGGAAGCAAUUUUGGAGGUGGCGGAAGCUACGACGAUUUUGGCAGUUACAACCAUCUUCAAAUUUUGGACCCAUGA